GAAGUUGGAUCUUAUUUUAGAUUUUAAACUAGAGUGAAUUGGAUGUAGCAGAGAAUAGUUGAAACUAGCAGAAUAGCCCUUUUUAGCUGUUGCUUAAUAAGGAGCUGUUAAUGCACGCUUGAUUAUAGUAUAGUAUGAUGGAGGGGGGUGGGGGUUAAAUUGUAUUUGCAGUAUAUUGUGUGUUGUUUAUUUACCUACAUUAGACAUGUUGGAUCACUUCGUAAUAAAGUAAUAACAGUAGCUGUGUUCUGGGAGAUAAUCUCAUAGGUCUGUUUGUGGCAAAAAAAAGGAAAGAGUAACUUUGCCAGUUUUGGUCUGAUGUUGCAACAUUCGGUCUAACUCUGUACCCAGCAUCGACGUGUAGUUUUUAUUUCCACUCCCCUAAAAGAUAUCUUUACACACUUUCACUGCAUUGAGAGAAAAAGUAGCUGUGAAACCAUUUUUUUCCCCUGUAAUAAUCCUGUUUUGUUGUAUGUCUCGCACUGCUUAUCCCCUGGACCGUUCAGACAUGGCCGAGGACGCUGCAGAUGUAGUUCAGCUGCUCAAACGGCAGAAGGCGAAGCUGAUAGACAUUCUCAGUGCAGACGCAGAUUGUAUUCUGCAGGCUGCACAUUCUCGUGAUCUGCCCUCUGAUCGCGGCUACGAGCGGAUCAAAUAUUGUCGCGUUCCUAGCGAGAAGGUGCGAGACCUUUUGGAUCAUGUCAUCGAGAGGGGGCCUCGAUCAGCACGAGGGAUGCUGGACCUGCUGAAGGAAAACGAGAUGCAGGAGACUUUUCCUAAGCUUGCUUUUGUUAAAGAUCUGCAUGCCAAAACACCAUUGUCAGUUGAAGAGUCCGAAACACAAGAUCAGAUCCCCGCUAAAAAGCUUCGCCACAACAGUUCUGGCAGGGUGACGGAGAAGCAGCUGAUGAUCGUGGCUCGGGGUCUUGGCAGUUCCUGGAGGGAGAUCGGCAGAGUGGCUCUGGACAUCCCGUCUGUGAGGUUGGAACAGUUUGAGGAGGAGAACAAGAUUCACGCGGAGCGAGUCUUUGCCAUGCUCCGUUACUGGCGCAAUCGGACGAGGGAGGAAGCCACUGCUGCCUGCCUGCACUCCCUCCUCAGUCAGACGGACCUGGGAGUGUCUCCUGAGAGCAUUGACUUUCUGCUGGAGACCGACUGAGAUCUUCCCUCAUGAGAGACUGAACACUUUUAAUGGGGGAUGUUUUUUUUUUUUGUUUUUUUUACUGGGAAUGUUUUAGGAACAAAGAUUUGACAAUAGUAACAUCAGGCACCAAACGUGCAAACCUGUUAAUAAUGUCUGGGUUGGAAAAUGUAUUCUUUCACUUUUUUUAAACUAGGAAAAAAAUGGAAAAUGUCUGUAAUUUUGUUUCAUUUUAUUGUAAAUGGAGAAAAAAAAAUCUAUUUUUCUAUAAAUGUAUUUUGUAUUUUUUUUUUUACCAUCUCAUGAUUUAAUACAUCUUGAGUUUGUCUCAG